AUGAGCCCCUUCGACAGGCUGCCCGACGAGCUCCUCAGCCACAUCCUCGAUUCGUACCGCUCGCCUCUAAGCGGUUACUGGGACUGCGCCUUCUUCGAGUGCUUUACGGUAUCCCGACGGUGGGAACGACUCGCGCGUGCGCUGCUGUAUCGAGGUGUCGUCAGAGUCGAGUCGGAGGAGGAUUGCGCGAGGUUGCAGGACUUGCCAGGCGAGAAGGUGAAGCGGGUCAAGAGACUGGUAGUUGCAGGAGACUGGGAGGGAGAGGAGGGAGCUGCUGUGUUCCCGUACGAGGUCCUCGAGGCAGUUGCGAGGCGGCUGCAGCAGCUGGAUGCGGUGGAACUGAGGAUCAAGUCGGAGUCGGUCGGUAUCAUGCCUGUCGUUCCCUUUUGCUCCCUCUCUCGGCUCGCACGACUCUACCUCGGCAGCGACAUGGCGUACGACCUCGUCUUGACGUCGGCACGCUGGACGUUCGCCUCUCUCGUCGUCCUCGUCGUCAACGCGCCGACCGCGGUCGAAGUCGGCGAGCUGACCCCGGCCCGCCUUCCGUCGCUCAAGGCCGCCUACUUUGCGGAGAUCUUCGCCGCCGAACUCUCGUUUGACUACCUCGGCUUCGACCGCGCCCUCCUCGAGCAACUCGACACCCUCCAGCUCCUCUACUCCCCCGACGCAGAAGACUCUCAGAUCGGCGCUUGCACCUACCUCCAGCUCGAACACCCGGCGACCCAGGCGCUAGACCCGGACGUCACGUACAUCUACCCGACGUCCACAUGCGUCGAGCAUGGUGAGGCGACAGCCAACUGCGUGGUCGACCUCGUCUAUCCCGGCAUCCGCCACCUACGCUCCUCGAUGCACGUGGGCGGCGAGCUGAGCCGCCUCGAGGCCACCGAGCUCAAACUGGCGCAGUUCCCGAACCUCGCCACGAUAUCCGUGCCGUUGUAUUUCGAGGAUCUGGCUCCUUCUGCUCUGGCAGGAAUAGAGGAGGUCUGCGCGGCUCGAGGGAUCACGCUCCUGCGAAACUCGGUGAGCGACAGGUCGGAUCUCGACUACGAGUUCUGGGAGUGGGCGAAGGAGGAGCGCAGGAAGUCAAAGUUUUAG